GGUGGUUGUGUUUUCCAGGAGAAGCCGUGGUGCCCGUGGCCAACUGUGACGUGAAGGAAUACAAUUCCAACCCCAAGGAGCAGCUGCCCUUCAAGGAAUACGUGGAAUACUGGCAGGAAUACAUCCGGAACGGCUACCGCUCCUCCCGGGGCUGCCUCUACCUCAAGGACUGGCACCUCAGCAGGGCUUUCCCAGAGCAGGAUGUUUACACGACUCCCGUGUACUUCUCCUCCGACUGGCUCAACGAAUACUGGGAUGCUGUGGCUGUGGAUGAUUAUAGGUUUGUCUACAUGGGACCCAAGGGCUCAUGGACACCGUUCCAUGCCGACGUGUUCCGUUCCUACAGCUGGUCAGCAAACAUCUGUGGCAGGAAGAAGUGGCUGCUGUAUCCAGCAGGGCAGGAGGAAUUCCUGAAGGACAGACAUGGGAAUCUACCCUUUGAUGUGACUGCCCCCAGCCUGCAGGACAGGAGGGUGUACCCUCGCUACAGCCAAAGCCAACCCCCCGUGGAGAUCGUUCAGGAAGCAGGAGAGAUUGUCUUCAUCCCCAGUGGAUGGCACCACCAGGUUUACAACCUGGUGAGACCCCCUGGCACCAUCCUGCUCAUCAGGCAGCAGAUUAAUGGGAUGAG